GUGAUGUUUGAUCACUGUAGUCUUAUUCUCAACUAGAUAUCCGUUAUAGUGACAAUGCAGGCGAAAAUAAUUGUUUUUUUGGCAGCUAUAGGAUUGCUCAUCACGGAAUAUGAUUGCUGUAGUGGAGGAAGCAGUUCACGUUCAAAUAACUUUAUUCCAACUUACUGGAAACUUGAACUCCACGAUCAUGAUCAUUAUGGAUGGGACAGAUUUGAGGGAAUACCUGUUGCUAACAGCGAGGGAAAAAAUUAUUACGACUUCGGUAACUACCAUGUUCAUCCAAUAACUUUUGAACCCGUUGGAGACAAUGGCAGGUUCGAUAGUCGAAUCAACAAGAAUUUCGACAUCAAGGUCAGAUUUCCAGCGAAUAUAGUGGUUGAUGAAUCAAAAUCAAAAUGGAACGAAACUGUAGAUGGGAAGACAAUGGAAGCCGCUUACGUAAAAGCUGACGGUAGUAAAGUAGAUUAUUACAUUUAUUCUCCAGUAUUCCAACGAGAUAUUCAAAUUCCGUGUAAUUGGGAGCUUGAUCAAUCCCAAUUGACAAAAUCAUACCAAGACAACGAUGUAAUGAUAAUGUAUUUCUCGAUUCGUGAAAUUUAAAAGUUAAAUUAUGAUUAACUAUUUUAUGGAAAAUAAUCUAUGUGUGAUUAAAAUGUGAUUUGGACAUGUUUCAAUAAAUUGAAUUCGAAUAUAAUCAUUUAUUAAUCUAUUAAAAAUGUGAAUAUCUUUCUUUCCUAUCUCCGAAACAUUGGCUUCUUGUAUGAAUUCUUAUUUUGGGCAAUUAAUAAAGUAAAUGAGCUAUAAAAAAAAUUCAUAUUGGUAUCCAGCCUAGAUUCCUAUGUUGGUUCACACAUGAAAUUUUGGAAGAGUUUUCUAUAGGAAUCCAGCAAAGAUUCUGAUACAAAUUCUCACAAGGGUUCCUAUAGGAAUCCUCACCACAUUAAAUUUAUAUGGAAAUCUAGUAUGGAUUCCCAUUUAGAUUGUUACAAUUUCCUAUAAGAAUCUGCACCAUGUUGAAAUCCAUAUCGUAAUCUUGUAUCGAUUAGAAAUUAUGAAAAUAAACGAAUAGCGUCAGCUUAUUAAUACAAUGACCAUAAAAGUGUAUGUGUUUUCAUAAAUGUUAUUGGAGGACAUUCACAGUUCGGGCUAUCUAUAUUUUUCUCAAUUUAUCUAUAA